AUGGCGGGCCCCAAGACCUGCCGCUUUUGCGGCAGCGAAGAGCUGGAGAGGAGCGAGAACAAGGGAGAACUCACUUGCUGCAGGUGUGGGGCCGUGCUUGAGGAGAGCGGCAUUGUUGAAGGUCUUCAAUUCACAGAGUCUGCUGGGGGCGGCGUGUCCAUGGUGGGCCGCUUCGUGCCUGCGGGAGGCACUGGCCGCAGCUUCGCCUUCGGGGGCGGCGAGACGAGAGAGCAGGCGCUGCAGCGGGGCCUCUCCAACAUCCAGUCUGUUGCAGGUGCACUCUUGCUGCUGCUGCUGCUGCUGCUGCUGCUGUUGUUGUUGUUGGUAGUGCUGCUGCUGUUGGUGUUGGUGGUGCUGCUGCUGUUGUUAGUGAUGCUGCUGUUGUUGUUAGUGCUGCUGCUGUGCUGCUAUUAG